AUGUGGAUCUUGGAAAAGAUCCGAGCGUCGCAUGAAAGUGGAAACCUCCCUCGGUCCUCUUUCCUGGGACUGCCACCCGGCCAAAACCUGACCGAAAAGGCCCGGCUGGGGGCUGCUGCUUUUCCGAAUGUGCUCACCCCGGACAGAAUCCCCGAAUUCUGCAUUCCCCCCAGGCUGACCAGCUCUGGUCCCGUGAAGGGCACUGGCUCCCACCAGGACCUCUGUUCCGAGGACACAGACCCUAAUCCUCCUGGCUACAGCCCCAGCUCUGCCUUGCCGCACCUCAUUCAGGUGGAAAGCGUGGAAGAGGUGCUAGCUGUGGAGGAAGAAGGCACCAACUCGGACCCACAGUCCCAGGCAGCGCUGUCCCUGCCCCACUUCCCCAGAGCCCCCACGUCCUACGGCUUCUGCACUCUGCUGGAGAGCCCUCACACCCGCAGGAAGGAGUCCAUCUUCCACGGCCACCCGCGUCGGGCUCUGCCCGGCCCGACGCUCUCCCGAUCCAGGGCCAACACCUUCGUCGGCAAAGGGAGUAUGUCUAACCCCAUCGCCAUCAGCUUUGCCUCCGGGAGGCUGGCUCCCAAGCCCCUCUCCCUGCACAGGCAGGGUGCCUGUGACAGCGACACUGCCUCCUCCAGCGACUCCUCACCUUUCAGCUCUCCGCUGCUCAGCCGGUCGCCUCCCAGACCUUGCUCCCUGGCCAAAAUGCAAAGUCAGGAGGGGUUGCUCUGCCGAGCGCUGAAAGCCAGGAACAAAUCCAGCGUGGCCAGGAACAAUUCUCUCUCCACAGAGGAGAGCAGCUCCACUGAUAACAGCCCCCGUGCCGUCAGACGGGCCUGCUCGGAGAACGAGAGGCUGCGGAUCCGCCUGAUCAGCGCGGAGGGUUUGUACGAUGACUCUGUAGAGCCCAAAACUAUAAACUGCUGCAUCACCUUCUCCCUGGUGCCGGGGAAGACGCAGAAGCAGAGAAGCACUGUUAUAAAGAGGAGCAGAAAUCCCAUCUUCAAUGAGGACUUCUUUUUCGAUGGCAUUGCAGAAGCAGAGCUACACAGCCUUGCUGUGAGGAUGAAAGCGAUGAAUAAAGGGUGCAGCAUGAAACGGGAUUAUGCCUUAGGGGAAUGGCAGUUGUCUGUAAUGGCUAUGUUGUCAGUGUAA